CGGGGCCGCAGCCCGCUCCCACAGGGCGGCUGUGAUUGGCGCGGGCCCGCGAGCCUCCGGGGUCGUGACAUCGCCGCGCAACAAAAAGCCCCGGCGGCGCCCGGCCACCUCCAUCAAUGGUGCGGUGCAGGGGCGGGAGCCGGGCACGCCUGCACGGCGCGCAGAGUGUGCACAGAGAGCUGUCCCCGUAGCGCUGCCGCUCCACGCGAGCCGGGAACAAACUACUCCCCACCCUUUUUUUUUUUUUUCCUCCUUUUUCCCUCCCCCCUUCCUCCUCCUUUCUUCUUUCUUUUUAAGGGAGCGGAGAAAAGUCAAGCUUCAUCUUAAUGUUGCUGCGGGAGUCUCAGUAAAUGUCCAUCUGUCUGAUGCCGAUGAUGCAAAGGACAUUUUUUAAAAGGAGCCUUUUAACUCCGUAGACACGUAGGCACCCAUUCACGGGCAGGCACACGCACACACACGCGAGGAGGAGGAGGAAGAAGAAGAAGCAACAACUUUCUGAUCGCUGCUUUUAAAAGGGAGAAGCCCUUCCCUGGCUGGGACUUGCCUUCUGCCUCCCAAACCAGCUGCUAAAAGUAUGUUUCUGAGGCGGACUGUACUUCAGGGAACUUCUAUUUUCUGCUCGGCAGCUGUAGAGGAGCAGCAGCGAAGUUUGGAGUAACACCAAGUGAUGCGGGAAAAACACCCCGAGAGCAGAACACCCUCCUGCAGACACAACCCCUGCUGCUGCACACAGGUUGAUCAUGGUUGCCGCGACCCGCUGCCUCCUGGCGCUGCUGCUCUGCCAGGUGCUGCUGGGCGGCGCGGCCGGCCUCAUGCCGGAGGUGGGCCGGCGGCGCUUCAGCGAGCCGGGCCGCGCCGCCUCGGCGGCGCAGCGCCCCGAGGACCUCCUCAGCGAGUUCGAGCUGCGCCUGCUCCACAUGUUCGGGCUCAAGCGGCGGCCCAGCCCCGGCAAGGACGUCGUCAUCCCCCCCUACAUGCUGGACCUCUACCGCCUGCACGCGGGCCAGCGCCUGGGGCAGCCGCCCGCCCUCGGCUACCCGCUCGAGAGGGCCGCCAGCCGCGCCAACACCGUCCGCAGCUUCCACCACGAAGAAGUUUUGGAAGAACUGCCAGAAACAAGUGGGAAAACAGCACGGCGUUUCUUCUUUAAUUUAACUUCCAUCCCUAAUGAGGAAUCUAUCACCUCAGCUGAACUCCAGAUUUUUCGGAAGCAGGUGCACGGAGCCUCUGAGAACAACAGCAGCUACCAUCACCGUAUUAAUAUUUAUGAAAUUAUAAAGCCAGCCACAGCCACCUCUAAGGACCCUGUCACAAGACUUUUGGACACCAGAUAAGCAUCUCUCUAAACACAAAUGUGAUCAGCAUCUCUUCUUGUCCUUUUGAGACUCAGUAACAGCUUUGUCAAGUGGCUUGAUAAUUUUUGCGCAAAAUUCAGUUGGACUUCUGUGGUCAGCAACAUGUAAAAAUGACGUGGAAAGAUCUUCAGUUGAGGUAAGCUCUCCUGAGAGCAUUGGCCAUUUUCACCAAGCAGGGUCUGCUCUGCUUUGCUAACGUGGGCUCAUCAUAAUCAGGUACUGAGACCUUUCCUGCUCAUAUGUUGGCUGGGCUCAUGAGUCCACAGAAUAUCACCUGCUUUUUCCCACUACUAGACAGUCAGUAGCUUUUCAUUUGUGCAAUCAGUACUCAUGAAGCUUGGAGAGGAACACUGUUUACUAUACUCUCAGCUCUGAAGAAAGGGCUCAUCUGGACUGCAUUUACAUUAGACCUACUUUGCUAUACUACUAGAAGAGAAUAAUUAUUGAACUAUUUUAUUGUACAGCUAUUCCUAAAUUGUUGAUUUUGGGUUUUUUUUUUAUUGAUUUCAGGAGGCAGCUAAUUGCCAUAUGGCAGCUUGAUGUUAAUGUUUUACGAAGAUCAGGAAACAAAAGUUUAUGAAAAGCUUUUGUAUAGUAACUGCAGAGUUUCAAGAACUGUUUUAUACUUCCUGACAGUGCAGGUCUGGCUUAAUGGUUUGUUUUUAUUGCUUAAGAGUGUAAACCUUUCUUUAGCCGAUGUGUGGAAAUUAUAUCCUCAUCCCGCAUUACGCAUUUCUCAUUGCUCAUUACUCAUUCCCUGCUUGCAUUUCUGCCAUCUGUAAUCAGAGCUUUACUGUUUCAACUGCAUGCAAAAUGCUCCUGUCCUUUGCACAGUAAGAUACUUUUCCUUAGCACUCACCCACCCCCUUCCAAAAAAAAAAAAAAAGGGGGGGGGGAGGGGGGGAGGAAGAAGGAAAAAAAAGAGAAAAGGAAAAGCCUACUCUGUCUAUAUUGUUUUUCUCUGUUUUGGGUGGAGUCUGUCUUAGAUUCUGGUUGCUAGAUGGUUUCUGUAGUAACAAGCAGAGAAAAAUUCAAGACUGAAAAGGCACUUUUAAAGGUGCCAUAUCUUGCCUGGAGUAUUAUUUAUCUAAUUAUGGAUAGGGAAUGUUUCUCUUCUCUUUCAUAUUAAGGCUACCUUCUCCCUUUUGGUAGGGCGGACUGCUGCUAUGAGACCUUGAUUUGUUGUGUUCUUACAAUAUGAGGACAUGAGAACCACGAAUCUUGUUCCCAGUUGACUUAAGCUGCUCAAAAUAAUGAUGAAAAGCCAAAGGCAUUAAAAUGUAUUUUUAAAGACGUAAUAAAUGGUUGUUACAGGCACAAACCACUUUGUUUGUUUUUUAGUUACAUAGGAAAGAAAAAAGAAGCUAGAUUCAGAAGGAUAUUUGGAGUUUACAUAUUACUGCUCUAAGGGAAGUGUGGGAUGAAAGUGGCAGUCUUUUAUUGUUUAAACCACUGUAUAAAAGAAAAUAUCCCAGCUCCUUCAGAACAUAUUUUUACCCUGCUGUACUCCACAUCUUUUGUUUAUUUCUCCCAAGAGAUUUUGCAGGUGUAUUAGGAAGUAACAGUUUUUAUGUAUCUACACGACUGACUUGCUUUGAACCUGUCUUGGGCACAAAAAAGAUGAAAAAAUUAUUGAAGGUUGGUUCUUUCUUGUCUUUCCAGUACUAAUCCUUCAUUACCUGUACCCCUGACAGCUGUGUUUGCAGCAAGCAGUAAUGGUUUCCUAAAGCGGAGUUUCUUCUCUCUUUGGAAUCUAGUCACCUGGCGGUGCCCUCUGGGAUCUAGCAACCUUCAGUCCGCAAGCUCUGUGCAAUGGUCACUUAGAAAAGCAGGUACACCUGUUUUGUCCCAGUUCUGUGUUCUUUAUGGAGGCAGAUUUGUCCCUGCCUUCAAUAAGCAUCUUAGCUUGGUAAGGGUCCGAAGGUCUGGACCUACCACGUGCAGCAAGAGGUGCCUCCAGCACCAGGGACUGUGUUUGUUACUUGCCAGAAGUCUGAGGGCCAAAGCUGAUUUGCAUCUAUAUUUGCAUAGUGCUGCGAAGGCACUCGGCUGUAAUACCUGCCCAGGCUUGUAUUGCCCUCGAUAGACGAGCAGAGGCUGAGAGCUGUCCGACUUCGCCAGAUGUAUGAAACUUGCAGUAGGUCAGCUGGGUUCUCAGCCUGUAAGGCAAGAGAGCGAUUCGAUGUUUUUUUGCUCUUCAGAGUUCGUUCUUGUAGGGACUUCUGCAAAAUAUGCCUGGCUGUCAGUAUGAAAACUAGACCUGAGCCUUGGGGUUAGAUCUGCAGUUGGGUACAUUGGCCUAACCCCAGGAAAGAAGCAGAUCUGUGGCUUUUCAGUUUGAAAAGAAGCAGGGAUUUUUAUGGGAAAAAGUUUGAGGUGAGAGAAGUGGAGGAGGAGGACAAUGCAGGCUUUUGAAGUUGAAAGUGUUAAACCUGUCUAAAGUGACUUCGGGUAGAGAGAUCAGAGCAGUGAAUUGAUAACAUUCUGAAAGUUCAGGUUCCCACAACAGCUGGACUGUGGCAGAUUUACAGUUUAACGAGGCCGAUAAUCCCAUUAGAGAUUAAAUUAAGAAGGUCUUUCUGGGAGAUCACCAAGAAAACUAUGAAUAUUGUACUGUAGCUUGGAUCGUAAUGCCAAGGCAGCGGAGAGCUGACAUGUGCGUCUUGAACUGCACGAUACUGUUUCAUUCAAUGUAUCUUGUUGAAACAAGGCAUUCAACCCCAGCAGUGUUUCAUGACAAACAGAGGCAAAUGUAUUGUUAGUAGUAGUAUUGUUACUAUCAUCAUCAUCAUCAUCAUCGUGGAAACAACGUGCAGAUUAAAAGAUGGAAAUAUCAACCAGAUCUGCAAAUCAGCAUAGCUCUAUUGACUUCAUUCACAGAUAAUCUGGUCCUUUUUAUUAAAGCAAAUCCUCAGGAGGCAAGAGCACAUAUAAAAUAUAAUGUAUUUAAGGUAAUUAUUGACAUAACUCCAGUAGCUUGGAACUUGCACAGAAAACAUUUUUUAUGGCAUCCUGCACACCCUAGUGAUGGGAAAGUGCUGUAUGGAAUAAUGACUCUGAAACCACAGACUUCAAAAGUAUAGAAUGUCUGCGGCAUGAUGGAAAUAGCUGUUUCCACAUCAAUAAUAUACACACAGGCAUAUUGAAGCUUAAUUGCAAGGCCAAUGGUGAUGGGAGGGGGAAGGGGGAGGGGAUAUCUGAUGACGGCUGCACCAAACAUGCAGGCUGAGCAGAAUGCCUCUGCUUUACAGCCAGAAACAAUGAUUCAUUUCAUUAUAAUCUUGACUUUUGCAUUUUUCUCAUGACUUAUUGAUAACUUUGUAUGGGAUUGCAUAGACCAAAGGAGUUAUUGACUUCGUAGGAAUUAGGAAGUGAGACAGGGCAUAUAUUAUUUCUUACAAACAUUGGAGACUCUGACAACUGUUUUAAUUAUUCUAUUUAAGGACAAUUCUGACACAUUUUUUCUUUUCAUUUGCAUGAAAAGAUACUGUACUUGAAAACAGGCUCUCACUUUAAGAGCCUCGCUUUUUUUGUCUGUUUUCAUGAAAAAUCCUAAUCCUGUAGUUGACAUCAUGGUAUUGACAUGAAGACGGUUUUGAUGUCACAAACUGUUGCUAUUGGACCUGGUCCUAAUGCAUAUGGAGGCCCUUUUUCCAGUCCUGGCAGUAUAAAGGGGCCUUAUAUGAAUAAGAAGCGGGCACAAUAGCUUUAAGUCAAAAAUGAGAGGUUGUAUUCUGCAAAAUAUUACUUGCAUUAUUGAUACUGUCUUAUUGCUUAAAACAUAGAUUACUGGCAUUGUAGGUAUGUUGUCGUUUUUUGGUACUGCUUUCGAUGUACAGACUAUUGGCAAUUUGCAGGAUUAUCUGAAAGCUUCCACUGCUGGACUCUUGUGAGUACACAAUGGAAGGUGACAUUCUUGAAAAGAGAAUUUCAUCACACUCUCUGGGGAAGAGUCUCAAAGUGUAACCUUGAGACUCAAAAAUCAGAAGAAAAUAAAAUCAAAAUUCUCCUUUUUUUUAAACCACUGGUAUUUCUAAAGUCCAUCAACAUGUUUGAUUACUUAGGAUUAGCAAUAACUCCUGUUCUAGGUACUGUUAUUACUGAAUGGAGGAUCAAAGACUGAUUGUUUUUUUUCUUUUUUUUAUAGUUACUUGUGAACUACUUUUUGACACAUUGGGCAAAGAAUUUUUCCAGGUUUGCAGAUGAAAAGAUUUUCAUCUUUGAAAACAUAACCCAAAUGUACCCUAGAGGGCAGAGUCAUUUAGAGAGAGAUCCCACACACCUGCUAAGUUACUGAUUCAUGCCCACUGCAGAGUUACGUGGUUAGAAGGACCAAGGCCUGGGAAACUAGAGUUGGGAGAGUGGGUGGAGCCUUCUGGUUUUCAUCAGUAGUCGGGGUUAAGAAAACGGUCUAUGACUCUUGUGUGCAUUUUUUUUUUUUUUUUACUUAAAAAUCGGUAGUCUGUGAACAACUCCCUACAACCCAGCAGCCCAUUCUGCUGUUAGCUAGCUAAUGCUGUUCCUGCCUGCUGGAGAAUUUUGGUCCUUUUGUGAGGUUUAGAUAUAAUUUUCAAACAGAAACAGUCUAACUGAUGUUUUAUAUCAAAGAAAAUAAACCAGGCGCUGCCCUUUCCAAGAGCCAUCUCCUCUUGAGACCUGAGCCAUGUGGUGGAUUACUGCCAGCUUUUCCAUCCAGCUGGUGGGGAAAGUUUGUUGUCAGGCCCUUCUCUUUGAGCCCAGUUGUCUGGGAAGGAUCUGGGAGGUCUUUCCAGCUCCUCUUGUGUGUGAGUACUUCCUUCAGGGUUUCAGACUCCAGUCCUCUCUUCCUUUCCUCAUUCAUCUGAGGAAAAAAGGGUCAGAUACUGGGACACUUUGAAGAGUGCGCCUUUGCCAAGCUUUGGGUUUUUUUCCCUUCCUGGAACUCUCGUUAUAUGAUCUUGCUUUUCUGAGCCAAUUGUUAGCCGAAGGCCAAAUCCUUAACCUUGGGCUAGAUAACAAAAGCACAACUGAGGUGAUCUUGACUCCUGUAAAAGGGCUGUCUACACUUUGAUGCACUCAGAAUGAGACAUAUAGUUCAUUUUUGUUCCAAAGGUUGUUCUUAGUAUGGGAAAUUAGCAACCUCCAUGAUAAAGAGUCAGCAUGGUGUGUGUGUGUGUGUCCGUCCGUUCAUCCUUUAUGUUGAUAUUGUCUUGCAUUGCACAUACCACAUCCUGGUGGAUGUUGGUGUGUCUGGGGAGAACUCAAGAUUGAAUCCUAUCUGGGAAGCUCUACUUCGUGCAAUGCCAUCAGUUAAUACUAAGGCCUAAAGACUUUGUGCCACUAAGAGGCACUGGCAUUUGGAAAACUUAGUUUUCUGACUGGCAGCUCUCUAAAUGAGAGGAAUGUGUAGUCAGAGUGUUUGCUCAAGAGAAAUGAAGCUGAGACCAGGUUUAUCAAAGGAUAUCAAAACCAACUUAUUAAGUACAGUCCCAUUGUGUGCAAAGACCCUAGAGACAUGAGAAAGGUGAAUGCAGUGCUAACGUCAUGCACAGUGCUAUGUGCAGAAGCUUUUUGGCCUACACAGUGCGGAAGCCUCUUUGACAGAUCCUUUCUGAGCUUUUUUCUUUGGGAAAGGACUCUUCCAGCAUACGCUUUGUUGCUGAAGUCUCUGUGCUGCCCUGAAUAACAUUGAAGGUUUAUUUUGUGAUGUAGCCUAGCAAGUCUGAUGGCAAGAAAUGCAGCAUCAGUGGUGGCUGUAGUCUCAAGUGUCAUAGAUGUAGUAGAAUUUACAGCAAAGCUGAUAACAAGACUAGGUUUGGGGGCCCAGCCUAUGAAAAGGAAAUGUUGCUAAUUAAAUACUACAUCAGAAAAAAGGGGCACUGUAACAGCAGGCCACUAAUCUAAGGACAUGAGGGGCAGCAAACCUUACUCUGUCGUGGACUUCCAGUGUGCCCUUCAGAAAAGUCACUUUCUGUUUGUGAGUGCUAAUUCCCAGAUAGCUCUUCCCUGCCUUGUAAGUGUUUGUAAUGAUAUGUACCUUAAAGAAUUUGGAGAUACCCAAACACGCUGCUGUUUAUGCUGUAGGGUAGAGAUAGAUAGCUAUAUUAUAUAGCAUAAUAACAGGUUUCAUCCGCUGGUAACCAGUUUGCAUGAGGACCAGGUCUGGCCAGUAUUAAAUUGGAAAGCAAAGAUGGCUUUGUGAUUAAGGUGCUGGAGUGGGACGCUAGAAAUCUGGGUUCAAGUUGUGGGUCAGCCAUAAACUCCCCGUGUGACCUUGAGCAAUAUAAUUAUUCUGGGACUUCAAAGGUAUCUAAACAAUUUGGACACCCAUUUUCCAGUCAUUUUAAUUAACUGAGAUGCUUUGAAAUGUUCAGCUUUAAUCUCUGUGCCUAGGAUUCUCAUUUGUAAAACCAGGAUACUAUUUCCUUGCACAUGAAGAGGAUGUGUGUGUUAAUGAUUGGGAAGCGUGCAGUCCUCAAGUGCAGCAGAUACUGAGCUUGCAUGGAGCUUGAUGAAAGGGGAGUGUGUUGAGUUUUGCAGGCUUGGGAUGCAAAUACAUAGGGUAUUGGGUAUAGGACAAACUCAGUUUCUUUCAAUGAGAUUUGUUUAUAUAUGAGCAUAAACCAGGGGAUGAAUAGUUACCAUGAUAUAUUACCAUGAUAUUGGGCUCAUGGGAAGAUAAAUACCACUGCAAAUAAACUACAACCAAAAUAUUUAUGGGGGGGAACAGCUCAUUUAUUCUGUAUUUCAUUUAGCUGCAUAAUAACAUCCUGCCAUUUCUUUAGUGUCCAUUCUUUAAUAGUGAAUAUUAAACUUUUACAAGAUAAAUGGCUAGUUAUUAACAUUUCCAUUUCUGUAGCUUUAUUCCAUAACAAGCCAUACACCCCCUUUAACAUCACCUACAGUUAUAUCCCUUUGUCCAAAAUUAUGUGAUUGUGUAAUGAAAAGUCUAUGAUGUACACAGGCAGAGUGAAGGGUUAAAAGAGCCAAGGGCAUCUUUAAUUCCUUUGUUUUCUGACUUUUGUGGGUUUAGCACACAAUCUUAACAUUCCAUUAAUAAGUGGUUGUAUUUUUUUUUCUUUUUCACUUAAGAGAUUAAAGGUUCCUUCAGAAUUUA